GCAUAAUCCAUAAUGCUAGCCCAGCUCCAUGCGGGUUUCGUUAAUCUCAGUUUUGUCUGGAGAAGAUGUAUUCGUUCUUGCUAAUUUCUUUUUCUAUUUUCGUCCUAAGUAACUGUAUCAAGGAUGAAGAAUCUUGCAGAACUUACGCUGAAGGCCAAGUAUAUCCUAAUGAACGUAAACUAGGUCUGGAACAUGCACUUCAUUGGAGUAAAGCUCAAAUUUCGAAGCCAGCUCCACUAUGGGAAGGGCAAGCUGUUGUUGAUGGUGCGUUCAAAGAUUUAAAGUUGAGUGACUACAAAGGAAAAUAUUUGGUGUUCUUUUUUUAUCCCUUGGAUUUCACAUUUGUGUGUCCCACUGAAAUAAUUGCAUUCAGUGAUCGAAUUGAUGAAUUUAAGAAGUUGAACACAGAAGUUGUUGCUGUUUCUGUCGAUUCAGUGUUCACACAUUUGGCUUGGAUCAACACACCGCGUAAACAAGGUGGACUGGGAAAGAUGAGAAUACCAUUGUUGGCAGACUUGACGAAACAGAUUUCGAAAGACUAUGGUGUCUUGCUGGAAGAUGCUGGUCACACAUUAAGAGGAUUGUUUAUCAUUGAUGAUAAAGGAAUUUUGAGACAGAUUACAAUGAACGACUUACCGGUUGGUCGAUCAGUAGAUGAAACACUUAGAUUAGUGCAAGCAUUUCAGUAUACAGACAAACAUGGAGAAGUUUGUCCAGCAGGGUGGAAACCUGGAGCAGAUACGAUUGUCCCUGAUCCUAAAAAAAAAUUGAAUUACUUUAAUAAAGUGAAAGAAGAAAUGUAAAAUAAAUGUUUUUAUCGAAUUAUAAUUUCAUUUAUAACGAAA